GAAAUAAUGCAUAAAAAGCAUGAUAUAAAUAGUGGAAGUGCAACUUGAAAAACAACCUUAAAUGUACAGUGACGUAAGGCGUAAACGUCACGGUCAGCUGUUCAAUCCGGAAGUAAACAGCGCUGGACCGAGCAGCAACACGACGGAGGAAGGAACCACUUUCCAAAUGACGUCGCUGAUUUGCACUUUGCAACACCAUCGGGACGAUGUCAACUGGUGCGCCUUCUCAGGCAAACUGCUGGCCACGUGUUCCGGCGACAAAACGCUCCGGGUCUACGACACGACAGACUUCUGUGAGCUGCCUUUCUCGCCGCUGUCAGGACACGGCUACAGCGUCCACUGCUGCUGCUUCAGUGCCUGUGGACAGUUCCUCGCCUCGUGUUCCACUGACGCAACCGUGGUGAUCUGGUCCAUGGCGUCGGGUGAGAUCGAGUCCGUCCUGGAGCAUCCGGGUCGCAGCCCGGUCAGAGUCUGUGCACUGUCCCUCGACUCCGCUCACCUGGUCUCUGGUGCAGCUGAUGGCACCUUGGCUCUAUGGGAUUUUCCUUCUAAACGUCUGUGCAGGACCGCCACAGUGAAUGACGCCACGGUGGUGGCCUGCUCCUUCAGCCCCUGCAGCCAGCUGUUCAUGACUGGCUCCAGCUAUGGGGACCUGCGUCUGUGGAACCUGGACAUGAACCAGCUCCAUGUAGAGAAGAAUGCCCACGACCUGGGAGUCACCUGCUGCACGUUUGCUCCCAGUAUCCUCAUUGGUGGUCUAAUGGUGCAGUUUCGUCUGGCAUCCUGUGGGCAGGACAGUCAACUGAAGAUCUGGUCUAUUACCAAGUCCAGCGCUAAGACCUGUAGGAUGCAGCUCCUGCACACACUAAAUGGACAGAUGGCUCCAGUCCUGUCCUGUGCUUACUCCUUCGAUGGGCAGCUGCUUGUGUCUGGCUCUGUGGACAAAACUGUUACAAUUUAUGAUGCUAAAAAUGCAGUUUUGCUUUACACGUUGAAAACGCACGAGAGGUAUGUGACAGCUUGUGCCUUUUCUCCAACUUUACCGCUAAUUGCCACAGGAUCGAUGGAUAAGACUGUAAACAUCUGGAGGCUGGAUGAUGGAUGCAGCGGUCAAGUGGAAGCUGGGAAGUCGUUACCUGCGGAGACGGCGCUGACGUCAGAUGAAGGGAGAAACCCAGCAAGCCGAUCCAAGCUGCUGGUCAGUGAUUGGUCAGAAGAGGAUAUGUCAGAGUGGCUGGUGGAGGAAGGCCUUGGGGGAUUGGUGGACAAAUUCAGGGCCAACAACAUCGAUGGGACAGAGCUGCUCGGUCUCACCAAGGAAACACUGGCGUCAGAGUUGCACAUAGAAUCUCUAGGCCUGCGCAGUAAACUGCUAAGGAUGGUGGAGGAGCUGAAGAGUGAAUCAGUGUGUUCAGGCAUUCCUGAUGAGUUCCUGUGUCCCAUCACCAGAGAGCUGAUGAAGGAACCGGUCAUAGCUGCUGAUGGCUACUCAUAUGAAAGAGAGGCCAUCGAGAGCUGGAUCCACACCAAGAACCGCUCCAGCCCUAUGACCAACCUCCCCUUACUGACCACCCUGCUCAUCCCUAACCACACCCUGAAGAUGGCCAUUGGUCGCUGGAAGACCACUCAGUCUCAGGCAUAGACAGACACCGUAAAGCACAGGGAUGCUCCAGCAUCCCAGGUACAGGUUUGUGAGAAUUAGCUCCAGCUCAGGCAGGUUUACCACUGAGCAGAAAAGCAAGCAUUGAUAUUCUGUCUGGAAAAGUGACCUGGCUGCAAAGAAUUCACUUGCUGGUCUGCCCCCACCUGCAACAACCACCAGUCUGUGCCUCUCCAGCUGCCACUUGCUGCCUUUAGCCUCAGGACAUUGUGUUCCCUGCACAGAGGGUUUGUUUAGGCUGAGCCUAUCUGAGUAGCAUGCGCACAUCCAGUACAUAAAGAUAAAAAUAUACCACAAAGUGGCUGCAGCUUUGUAGGAUUGUGAUUAUAAAAUCCUUCAUUUGCCCAUUUUACCAUGCAGUUCACUCAUUUUUGCAUCGCAACAGAGUCCGUCGACCUGCAGGAGUUGGUGGCAGACAUGACGGUUUGCUAGAUUGUCUGAAUGUAGCUGGACCCACACUGUGGGCUACUGCGCUUGACUAAAGUCGAUCAGCUUUCUUGGUUUGCACAGACUGUCAUCUACCAUGUAAUGCAUUAAUAAAAAUAAUAAACAUGGCUUCAAUGUUUAGACA